AUGGUUAUGACAGAAGCUCCAACUUCACAUGUUCGCCAUGGUCGUCGAAGGCCAUUUUCGACGUGGAUGAAACGACUGACAAACCUCAAAGGCUCAUCAUCAGGUUCGCCACCAGACAGAACAUCGGGAAAGCGCAAUAAUGGACUACAUUUGAAAGGCAAACGACAAAAUAGCACGAAGAACAACCCAUACCCCUUGUCAGGCACGGUGCGGGAUAACGUUGGAUCAUCUCGUCGGAGCUACAACGACACUGUGUCUUAUGCGGACUCGACUGAACAGCAUCAGAACCAAGGCUCCAGUCAACAAUCAUUUCAUGCCUCCAAUUCGGAGCCGAAUAUUUUAGGUAAUAGCUCUAAGUCGACCGCACCGACCCUGUCUACCAACGGUGACACUGCGCGAUCUGAAGCCGGCUACUCCAAGGCUGGGACAACAGUGACGGGUCACGGAGGAGUCUAUGGAGGUGGGGAAGGCAGCACAUUUUCGUCGCCAGCACCAUCUGUGCGUUCGCUGACCACGACGUUGACUACAGUACAGUCUACAGCGCCGUCGGCUCAAAUAUAUGGUAUUACGCAGAACAACCAAGCCAAUAAUGGAUCAAACAUGGGAGCCACGAAUCUAUCGAACAAUAAUACAAAUCAACAAGUUCAGUUUUCUCAUCAGUUUCCUUCCUCGCCGGCAUCUGCUGUUCCCCCUCAUGUUGCAACGACAGGGCAUCCAACAACAUACAGUUCUGCAACGGCGAAUAACCUUCUCACUGAUAACGCCUCAAUCCUCACGCUUGCCUCGUCCUCCAAGCGUCGACGCAGAAAUUCUCUCGACACCAAUGCCUCUGUACGAGCUCUUGCGCCUUCCUCAGUCUUUGGCGGUAGCCGCGAGAGUCUGCCUUUGAGUGUCCUCAGUGCCAAUGUAGGUGUUGACCCGUCCAACACCUCGAUAACGAACGCGUCGGGCGUUCUGAGUCGGCAGAGUCUUGGAGGUCUUGCUAGCGCAGAACGCAUUAGCGUAUAUUCAGCGUCUGGAACUGUGCCGCUUGAGAGAAGUAGCUUGAUUGGCAACACCGCCAACAACAAGCAAGGCGACAGCGGCAGUGUUCGCAGCGGUACGCACUCACACACCCGCAACGAUAGCGCAGCUGGUAGCGUCGCUGGAACAAUAGGAAGUACCCUGAAUAACGCCGCGAUCGCACCGAGCGCAACGACACCCGGACGGAUUAGUCGACGAAGUUCCGGCUGGGGCGAGAUUUCAGGCGAGGGAGCAGAGGCUCAACAAGGAGCGACCGACCAGCCCCGGGCACCGGAAAAUGGCCACCACCAAGACGAAAGCACAGACAAGAAGGCCGAGCAGCCAAAUCGAGAAGAUAGCCCUGCUGCCAACGGCGAUCCUGGGCCUGUUGUCGACGACGCAUUGAAUAAAGGACAAUAA